AUGGCAGGAGCAGGUUGGAUCUGCAGGAAUGCUGAUAAUCAGGUGGUCAUGGCAAUGGCAGCACCAAUUGGAAUUGCAUCGGUAUUGAUAGCUGAAACGUGGGCUCUUCUCCUAGAAGUGAGAAUGACAACUUCACAAGGCUGGAGGAAUAUGUGGUUCGAAACGAACUCGACAACAUCACUAAGGUUGAUCAAAAACUUAGACAUGCAAACUCCAUGGAUCAUUCGAAAUAUGUUAUCGGAAAUCCACCAUCACCUCAAUUCAAUACAACAAUUCAAGAUGACGCAUAUCUAUAGAGAGGCGAACCAGGGUGCUGAUGGGUUAGCGAACUUUGCAAUAGAAAAGCAGUUCCAACAACAAGGAAUAUGUAAUACUUUUAUCUGGGAAAAUACUUGCCCAACAUUCCUUAACGAAAUUGUAACGAGUGAUUCGAUGGGACGUUUGUACCCCAGAGAAGUUUCUAUUUAA